AGAGGAGCCCAAGACCCGGAGAAUCAACCAGAUGCCUUUGUAUCGCUAGCAAAGAUCUUAAUCGCAGAUCAGAGGAUGGACGAAGCCGCUGAUACGUACCUUACAUACAUCAAUAUGCUGGUAGAGGAUGACUAUACCACAGAUCAUUCGUUCGCUGAGGCCUGCCUGUAUCUCACCAAGUUCUACAUGCUAAAAGAAGAUUACGACAAGGCGUUGGUAUUUGCGCAAAGGUUGAUUGGUUUAUCUGGGGGUCCGGAGAAAGAGGAGGCCACUAUUCUUCUGCGGCAGAUCAAUAGUAAAUUAACAUGAAUUGAACGAAGCGCGCAUGCAUACGUCAAAUACAGCGUGAAUUAAUCGCAGAGCGCAUGCAUCCGUCAAAUACAGAGUGAAUUAAUCGAAGAGUGUAUACAUACGACAGAUACAGCGUGAAUUAAUCGCAGAG